UAGAAUCUGCUUUCGGUUUAAUUUUGGACCGCAUUCAACGAACGGCGUUAACUCCACCCUCUGAUGGCGGCAAAACGACAGAGUUAAAACUGCGUCUGUGUCAUGUCAGCAGCCAGCCAGGAAGUUUUUUUGGAGGAGAAUGGUUUGACCAGACGAUGAUUGGGUGGGUGCUCCUUUCUCCUCCAUGCCUUUUGAAGCUCCGUUCAUGGGGUCGGAGUCUCCAUCGUCCUUGAACCACCACCACCUUCCUUGAUGCUCCCAUCUCUCAUCAAAAUCUCUUUUCCGACAGUAGAAGAGCAAAAAAGAAUCACACCCAAGCAGUCAAAAAUGAAGCUCGAAUCGGCGUCGCCCGCUACCGUCUCCGUCGUCUCCUCCUCCUCCUUCUUCGUAGUUCUUUUUCUCUCUGCUCUCUCUCCAACUUCCGCAGCAGCCGCCGCCACGACGAACGGAUCGACAUGCCCUGUGGAUCUCAGCUACAUGCGCAGAAUCCCUUGGAACACUUCGAAUUGCCAACCCCCCAUCUUCACUCCCGACCCUUCCCUCAACGACACCUCUAAGAACCCCUGUUGCCAGAACCUCCUCUCCCUCUUCGCCGUUGGUUUGGCUGAGAGGCUUCGACAGACUUCUCUCUUCAACCUCCCUGACCUCAACACCUCCAUUUCUUGCCUCCAAGACUUCCAAUCCACCCUCACUUCUCUCUCUCUCCCCACCAAUCUUGUUUCCUACUGCCUCAACCCUUCGCAGUUCGUCAUCACGCCCAACACCUGUGCCCACAUUCAGAAUACGCAGGACUGGGUUAGGGAACUCGGCCAGUCAACUGCUCUUGAUUCAGACUGCAAGGCCGACCUCAAUGAUUUGACCUACUGUGACCUGUGCGUGGCUGCUGGUUUCAAGGUCCAAGCCCAGCUGAUAGCUAUCGGUGGUAAUAAUCCUAAUAGCACAGAUUGCUUUCAUUUUACCAUUCUGUAUGCUGCUGGUAUUGUCAAUGCUUAUGGGCCUGAGAGUACUGGCGUGCUGUCAUGUGUUUUGGCAUUGUCGAUCAAUACCCGUGGGAGUUCGGCUAGUAAACGGCACACCGAUCUUGUUUUCGGCUUGACUGGGGCUGGUGUCGCACUCAUUGUCAUGUCUUGUUUGCUGGGUUUGUACUUUUGGUAUGAUAGGAGGUGGAAGAGGAAGAGGAGAGUUCAGGGUGCUAAUGCAGAAUUUAGUCUUGACCCGGAGGAAUCAGGGUCUAGGGCUAGACCAAGGCCUAAUACAGGGUCUAUUUGGUUCAAAAUUCGCGACCUUGAGAAAGCAACCAACAACUUCUCACAUAAGAAUUUCAUCGGGCGGGGGGGUUUCGGAGUGGUUUUCAAGGGAGUUCUAUCUGAUGGGACGGAGGUAGCCGUCAAGAGAAUUAUUGAAUCUGAUUUCGAGGGGGAUGCUGAAUUUUGCAAUGAGGUCGAGAUUAUUAGCAAUUUGAAGCAUAGGAAUUUGGUGCCACUUAGGGGAUGCUGUGUGGUAGACGGAGACGAUGACGAUUAUGAUGAUAUGAGUGGCCAGAGAUAUCUUGUCUACGAUUACAUGCCAAAUGGUAAUCUUGAUGAUCACAUUUUCUCAUCGCCUGAUAACCAAAGCGGGAAGAAGACAUUGACCUGGCCUCAAAGGAAAAACGUUAUUUUGGAUGUGGCAAAGGGGCUUGCUUAUUUGCACUAUGGGGUGAAACCUGCAAUAUAUCAUAGAGACAUUAAAGCGACAAACAUUUUGCUGGAUGGAGACAUGAGGGCAAGAGUCGCAGAUUUUGGAUUAGCAAAGCAAAGCAGAGAAGGACAAUCCCAUCUUACUACCAGGGUCGCCGGAACUCAUGGCUAUUUGGCUCCUGAGUAUGCACUUUAUGGGCAGUUGACCGAAAAGAGCGAUGUCUAUAGUUUCGGAGUGGUUGUUUUGGAAAUAAUGUGUGGGAGAAAGGCUCUUGAUUUGUCUUCUUCAGGAUCACCACGGGCAUUUUUGAUAACAGAUUGGGUCUGGUCUCUGGUAAAAGCUGGGAAGAUCGAAGAGGCAUUCGAUGCUUCACUGUUGAAAGAUGGAGAGUCUAUAAAUUCGAACCCAAAGGGCAUAAUGGAGAGAUUUGUGCAGGUUGGGAUACUGUGCGCUCAUGUUAUGGUGGCUCUGAGGCCAACCAUUUUGGAUGCAUUGAAAAUGUUGGAAGGAGAUAUUGAAGUUCCUUCCAUCCCAGACAGGCCAACUCCCCUGGGAAACCCAUCGUUUUACGGAGAUGGCAACACUUUCAGCAUAUCACCUGCCUUAAGUGGGCCCAAAUUGAACACCGGAGACAUGCUCAGGUUUACUCAGAGAGCCAAUGAUUUCAAUGGAAUUUGAAUAUCCAGGAACUCUAUAUAUUUACUUCCUUUUUUUUAUGUCUUCCUUUUGUUGUCUUUGUUCAUACAUAUGUCAAUAUGAAAUAGAAUAGUUCCGGUAAUUUGCCAAUGUAGGAGAGGAAAUAUCUUAGUUGAAAGAUGAAGUCACUGCUUGGUAGUUGGUAGUGUGCUAGAUGGGUAUUUGUUACAAUUUACCGUCAGUGUAUCUGAGGCCAGCGUAACAUCUCUUUUUUUGUGUAUACAAAAAGAAAGAUCUUGUUCUAGUUUCCACGCAAGUGACAAAUUAUUGGUGGGCGUAACAUUUACA